CAUUUCUCUCGGCGUGGCGGGGGGGCCCAGCCCCCCCCCAGGCGACCCCCCCGCGGCCGGAAAAUGCCCUUGGUGGACUUUUUCUGCGAGACGUGCGCCAAGCCCUGGCUGGUGGGCUGGUGGGACCAGUUCAAGAGGAUGCUGAACCGCGAGCUCACCCACCUCUCCGAGAUGAGCCGCUCGGGCAACCAGGUCUCCGAGUACAUCGCCAGCACCUUCCUGGACAAGCAGCACGAGGUGGAGAUCCCGGCCCCCGGCCCCAAGGAGCGGGAGAAGAAGCGGCGGCAGCCGCCCCCCCCCAUGGGGCAGAUCAGUGGGGUGAAGAAGCUGCCCCCCCCCGGCUCCGGCACUGGUGGCUCCGGUCCCCGCUUCGGCGUCAAGACCGACCGCGAGGAGCUGCUGGGCAAGGAGCUCGACAGCCUCAACAAGUGGGGCCUGAACAUCUUCCGCGUCUCCGAAUAUUCCAACAACCGCUCGCUCAGCUGCAUCAUGUACACGAUAUUCCAGGAGCGGGAGCUGGUGAAGACGUUCAGGAUCCCGGUGGAGACGCUGCUGACCUACACCCUGACCCUGGAGGACCACUACCACGCGGACGUGGCCUAUCACAACAGCCUGCACGCCGCCGACGUCAUGCAGUCCACACACGUCCUGCUGGCCACCCCCGCCCUCGACGCGGUGUUCACCGACCUGGAGAUCCUGGCCGCCCUGUUUGCCGCCGCCAUCCACGACGUCGACCACCCCGGUGUGUCCAACCAGUUCCUCAUCAACACCAACUCGGAGCUGGCGCUGAUGUACAACGACGAGUCGGUGCUGGAGAACCAUCACCUGGCCGUGGGCUUCAAGCUGCUGCAGGAGGAGAACUGCGACAUCUUCCAGAACCUCAGCAAGCGCCAGCGCCAAACCCUCCGCAAGAUGGUCAUCGACAUGGUCUUGGCCACCGACAUGUCCAAGCACAUGAGCCUCUUGGCCGACCUGAAGACGAUGGUGGAGACCAAGAAGGUGACGAGCUCUGGCGUGCUGCUGCUGGACAACUACACCGACCGCAUCCAGGUUCUGAGGAAUAUGGUGCAUUGCGCGGACCUGAGCAACCCCACGAAGCCGCUGGGGCUGUACCGGCAGUGGACGGAGCGCAUCAUGGAGGAGUUCUUCAGGCAGGGCGACCGCGAGCGCGAGCGCGGCAUGGAGAUCAGCCCCAUGUGCGACAAGCACAGCGCCUCCGUGGAGAAGUCGCAGGUGGGUUUCAUCGACUACAUCGUGCACCCGCUGUGGGAGACCUGGGCGGACCUGGUGGCCCCGGACGCGCAGGAGCAGCUGGAGACGCUGGAGCAGAACCGGGACUGGUACCAGCGCCGGGUGCCCAGCAGCCCCUCCCCCCCCCCGGCCCCCGCCCCCGCCCCGCGCUUCCGCUUCCGCCUCCACCCGGGGGAGGGGGACGAGCCGCCGUGGCCGGAUGACACCCCCACGCCGCCAGGGGGCGCAGUCCCACCAUACAGUGACACCCCCACGCCACCAGGGGGCGCCGUCCUGCCUCUCUUCGACAGCCCUACACCACCGGGGGGCGCUGUCCCGCCUCUCUUUGACACCCCCACGCCGCCAGGGGGUGCCCCCUGGGAACACAGUGACACCCCCACUCCACCAGGGGGCGCUGUCCUGCCAUACAGUGACACCCCCACACCGCCAGGGGGCGCUGUCCCGCUUCUCUUUGACACCCCCACUCCACCAGGGGGCGCUGUCCCACCAUACAGUGACACCCCCACACCGCCAGGGGGUGCUGUCCCGCUUCUCUUUGACACCCCCACGCCACCAGGGGGUGCCCCCCAGGAACACGGUGACACCCCCAGGCCGCCAGGGGGCGCCCCCCCGGGGCAGCCACCGGGGAGACCCCCCGGGGAGGGGGGGGCAGUGGUGACCCCGCCCUUUCCCCCCCCAAGCUCCGAGGGCUUUAAUUUAAUUGAAGCUUAAUUAGGGCGUUUUAAUUUAAUGCGGGGGUUUGAUUUGGGUGCAAUUUGGAGUUUGGUUUGAUUUGAUUUUUUUAAAACCGUUUUCUUUUGCUUUUCAUCUUAAUUUCUUAAAUUUUAAUUCCAUUUGAAUUUUCUUUAAUUAAAUUUUCAUUCCAUUUCAAUUUUGUUGCCUAAAUUUUAAAUUUCACUUGAAUUUUCUUUUCUUAAAUUUUAAUUUCACUUGAAUUUUCAUUUCUUAAAUUUUAAUUCUAUUUCAAUUUUGUUUCCUAAAUUUUAAAUUUAAAUUUCACUUGAAUAUUCUUUUCUUAAAUUCAAAUUUCACUUGAAUUUUCUUUUCUUAAAUUUUAAUUCGAUUUGAAUUUUCCAAAUUUUAAAUUCCAUUUUAGUUUUGUUCUUAAAUUUUCAUUUCACUCCAAUUUUGGGGCGUUUGAUUUGGACUCAAAUUCAAUUUCAGUUGAUUUUGGUUUAACCUGAAUGUUUUUAGUUGCAAAUUUCGAAUUUGAUCCUAAAUUUCCGUUUGGAUUUGGGUGAAUUUGAAUCCAUUUCUGAUUUCAUUUUGAUCCCAUUUCGGCCUCAAUUCGGUUUCAAUUCUCAACUCCCGUUCCAGAUUGACUCCGGAUCCUCUCCGUUCACUCCCGGUUGAUUUGCUGAUCCCGGGUGAAUCGGAACUCGUCAUUUCCGGCUGUUUUGCCCCAAACGGGGUUUAUUUUGGGGGGGGGACAGGGGGAAUUUUUAUUGUAUUUUUUAAAAAACUCAAAAAGACAAAAAAAGCUCCAACCCCCCCCCCCGGGGGGGAAACAAAGGGGGACACGGACAGACCCCCCCCCCAAAA